CAAGCAACCUCACUCCUUUGCCAACUUCUUCCUCCGAGGGGGAAAAUGUAGCCCGACCUCACCAUCUGUACUCCUUUCUCACCCUAUCCCCGCUCCCUCUCGGCUGGGCCACGGACGGGCGCACAUAGAGAGCGUCCGGAGAGGUUGCGACUGCGCGCAAGUUCGCUCUCGCCCGCUCUCGCCCUCUUCUCCGACCAUGUUUCGACGUCGUUGCCACCGAUAGUCCCAGCCUGAAUCCCACACUUCCUCCCUGUCUGGCCAUCUUGUAAAGAGCAAAAAGAAGGACGCCAUCAAACCAUGGCAGGCACCAUGGCGGACUACAUGCCUGCCCAGGCGCAGGAAAAUGUGCAAGCACUGAUUGCCCAAGUGAAAACCCUAACUGUCGAGAAGUUGAAGAAUGUACUGCGCAGCGAAGGCCUGCCAUUGUCUGGAGUCAAGAGUGAGCUGCAAAUCAGAACAAUAGCCCAUAUCGAGAAGCUGCGCAAUGCAGCAGACAUGCCCGCGCUGAACCGAAUACGUGGGACGAUUAGAGGUGUCCCUCCUUCUUAUCAGAACGGCAACUCUUACCAUCCACAUUACUCGAACCACACGCCCACCUCUUCAGCCUCACCGCAGUUUUCCUCACCGAAUGCUCACAUUUCCUACAACAUGCCCUCCAACCCGUUGUUUGGUUCAGGCCGAAUAACUUUCAAAACCUCGCCUUUCUACGUCAUUGCCAGACCGCUCACUCAAAUGUACGAGUGCAAAGCGCGAGAGUCGACCAGAGACACCGCAAGGCUCACAGUUGCUUUGCCCCAAGAAACCAUCGAGACGCUAAAGAAUCCAUCAUACCGUGUCAUGGUAUUCUGCGCGCCCGAGGUGCCCGGAUUUUACCCGAGAGAACCUUCUGACAUUGCAUUUCCUCACAACGUGGAGCUGAAAUGCAACAGUAUGGAGGUUAAGGCGAAUCUGAAAGGACUGAAGAACCGACCUGGAUCGACCAGACCUGCCGAUAUCACGAGCCUCCUCAAGAAAAAGCCCGCCAACUAUCCGAACACGGUCGAGAUGAUAUAUGCUCUAACCACAAAGGACAAAUCCAAUGCACAGAAAUUCUUUAUUGUGGUCAAUCUAGUCCUGCAAAAGCAGAUUAGCGCGAUGGUCGCCGAGAUCAGGCGAGGCCGCAUGAUCACCAAAGAUCAAGUCAUUCGGGAGAUGCGUCGGAAAGCUGAAGACCCAGAUGAAAUCGUUGCUACAUCUAUGGUCCUUUCCUUGAAGGAUCCCGUCGGUUACACACGCAUCACAACGCCCUGUCGCGGUAUUGGCUGCAAUCAUCUGCAAUGCUUCGAUGCAGCCCUGUAUCUACAACUCCAGGAACAAGCGCCUACAUGGACAUGUCCCAUCUGCAAUAGAGCUGCGCCUUGGGACCAGCUGGCCCUAGAUCAGUAUGUUAACGACAUUCUGGACCUAGCGCCAAAGAGUGUAGAGGCGGUCAACGUCGAACCCGACGGGACAUGGCACAUCCAAAGCGAACACGAAACUACUUCUCGCAGGUCCAACCCAACGCCAUCUGAUGACGAUGACGGCGAUGACGAUGACGACGAUGGCGAUCUAGUGGAGAUCCGCAAUGGACCCAGCUUCCGGCUCUCGAAUCUCGAAACACUGACACCACACAGUGUCAAGACACCGCCGUUGUCUUCUCGAGAAGUCUCCACCGCUCCUUCAGCAGCCAAACAAUCAGGACACAGCAAGAAGAGACCUCGCGAAGUCAUUGAUUUAACUCUAAGCGAUGAAGAGGAUGACGGACCAGCUCCCAAGGCUCCAAGGACGUCCAACUCUUAUUCAUCUGUGGAUGUUGCUGCCACGCGACAUUCGCCUCCGGAUCGAGUCUUUUUCCAACUCCAUCCUCCCCCUCAACCAUCGCCUUAUAACUAUGACAGGUUUAAUCCAUCACUUUAGCGUUUUGCAAUGGAGCUUGGCUUGCAAACAUGGUAUUCCACUUGGUAUGGCGCUUGGGCGAAAGGCUGGACUCCGCGGCGGUAACAUGAACGUUUAGUGGGCGAAACCCAGGCUGGAAGCGCUCACUGGAAUUUCCCAAAACAUCUCUUAGGAGGCUACGCCCAAUCCCGAGGGAAUGUUGAAUGCAUAGGGAUGUCACUGGAAACAGGUGUCAUGACGACUCUUCGAAUGGGGAAGGGUUGCGCGACACGUCGUGGGGAUGGAAUGAUGAUUCAUGAUUUUACUCUGCAUACAAACAGGGAUGACUUGCUGCAGCACGUAAAGGUAUGUUUCGGGGAUUGGCCAUCAAUACCGGGCCGAGGAGAUGAUUGCAGGAUUGGCACAUGCGAUGCAUGAACAGUUCCAGCGUGCAUAUGUAUGGCUAAUACAACAAAAGCUUCCUCUUCGGGACGAUUUCAAAUGGAGUGACAAAGCUCUGCACGCAAACAACAGGAGACCAUGAGAGAUGUGUGCUCCAGGGGCUUUAACCCAUUUCUGCACCUGACACCCGCCCCCUGGCUCUCAUUUACCGGGCUCCUGUUGCGCAUGAGAAUCAAUUGUGCUCUCUCAUCUUCUUUCAAGCACAGCUACAACACACCACCUCUUGGCUUGGUCGUUAUCCUCCUUUGGCCUGACAGGCUCCCAGGGCCUACGAAGGCCGUUCGCGUCGAUCUCAAAGAUCUCUGCGGCGCGCAGACGGCCUUGGACCUCUUGUCUAUCGGGGUCUCCGUCCUCAUCCUUCUUCCCAAGCUUGUCUUUAUGAUCCUCUCCCAGCUCUGUUGACGGCGGUCGCGGCGGGAGGUUGAAUUCUCCGGUAGCCACCUCGAAGAAAUGCCGCACAAUCUCGCGGCCGGUAUGAAAGCCGGCAACCACCAACGCGCAACUUUCGGCAGGACUCACUGGUUGCGAGGGCUCCUGGCAGAGAUAGUGCAGUAUCGUCUUCACGAGGUUGACAUGCUGGGCAGGCAUCCAGAGACAGUCUGCGAUAAUGAUUCGGUCGAAGUCUUUGGGCUGUCGCUCGGCCGAUUUGCCGUAAUGCGAUGGCAGGUACAUCUUUGCCAUGCCCCAUGUGUAGCCGAAUAUGUCAACCGCAGGUGACCCCCGGUUCGGCAUAAGUGUUGUGGACGAACACAACGGCGAAGUUGAGGCUCUGGCACCUGCUGCUUCCGGCCACUUGAGUCGUUCGACAACGUUUCUCUGGACGUUUUGCUCGAUGGCGCCCGUGGUCAGAGCGGGCGACGAUGGAUGGUCUGUGAUGGUUGCUGACAGCGAGCCCGAGAGGACGGCAAUUAUGGACGGCAACGCCGUCCCUGUCUCGCAGUGAGCGAAGUCCGGGUUCCUUGUUCCAACAGCGUCUGACUGCCACACCUCAAGAUUGAAAUUCUCACGUACCGGCGCCCAGCUCAAGAACCUUCUUCCCUCGUACAUCCCAAUAUCUCUUUGGCCAGUUCCCCGUCAUCUUUCUUUCUUCGUCCCCGUCGCUCUGCCCCUGCGGUGCCCGCUCUCCAAUUUCUGCGUCGGAACUUGCCCUCUCCAGCCCUUCCGCCGCAAUCACGGCUGCGUGCCACAGAUAAUGCGCGAAAAGCUUCCUCCCCUCCUCGAUGUCCGGGUGCGGAGGGACCCUCAAGUCGAUCUUGCCGAACCUCUGCGAGUGGUAGGUAACAUGGCCUCCCGGGAC